CAACUUCUCUCAAUCUGAACGUCAUUCCCGUCAUUUCUAACGUCGUAGUUCUGAAGAGAGGAAGCCCAAGAAAAUUUACGAAAUAGUCAUACAAAGAAUUAUCUCGCCGUCAUUCGUUUGAAAAAUGGCGUCCAAGGCGGUGUUUUUCACUGCAGCUUUUGGCUUAUUGGCGUGUGCUGCUGGUAUGGUCGUGAUCUCUGCUGGUGACUUGCCAACACCAGUUAAUCAAUGUUCUGAAGGCCCAAGUUAUUGGUGCCAGAGUAUUGCCAAUGCUAAAUCAUGCCGUGCAACAAAGCACUGCAUCCAGACAGUUUGGGAAAGGCAAAGCGUCCCAGAAGAUAAUGACAGCAUCUGCGAGGUAUGUAAAGAAAUGGUCCAGGAAGCCAGAGACCAGCUUCUCUCCAAUGAAACCCAGGAGGACAUGAAGCAAGUUUUUGAAGGUUCAUGCAAGCUUAUGCCAAUCAAAAUGGUUCAGUUGAAAUGCAUUAAGUUGGUGGAUGAUUUCAUCCCUGAACUGAUUGAAAUGCUGGCUUCUCAAAUGAAUCCAACUAUGGUAUGCACAACAGCUCUCUUAUGUAACAAUGCCUGGGUUGAUGGCUUGUUGUCAGAGUACAAAGGUGCCCAGAAAACUAAAACUGUUGAGCAGUUAUCCAAUGACAGACAGUGUGAGUCAUGCAAGACUUUCAUGAGUCACAAUGCCAUGAAGGUUCAAAGUUCCUCUCAAGUGGAUCUCCAACAAAUCCUGUUCAAUGUCUGUUCACAUAUGAAUAGCUACUCUGAUGCAUGCAUGGGUCUGGUUUCUCUAAACAUUGACCAAAUCUUCAAUGCUUUGGAGCAAAGCUUGCAGAAGGAUAUGUGCCAGCCAUUGGGUUUCUGUGAUGAAUCUCAAUUAAAGCCGAUGCGCGUUUCUGUUCGUCCUAUGUCGAAUGACAGAAAAUUCGAAUCCAGACUCGAAAAAUCAUCAAAGAUGAAUGACGACCUUGAAUGCCAGUUCUGUGAGGCGCUUGUAAAGAAUGUUCGUGCUAUGCUCAUCAGCAAUACUACUGAAGCGGAAUUCAUCCAAGUUUUGAACGGUCUUUGCAAACAAACCGGUACUUACGCCAAAGAGUGCCAAGCUUUGGUUGAACAAUACGGAGAUGUGGCUUAUUCGUUCAUCUUGAAAGAAUUGGACCCACAUGAAGCUUGUCGUAUGCUUACUCUUUGUUCUUCUUCUUCUCUGGGAAGUCCUAAACUUUCAAAGCUCCCUUCGUCAUUCUUGAGGAUCCAACCAGAAGAUAUUGAAGCAACUAAAAUGAUCCCAGCUAAACCGACCGAGAUGGAAGUGAACACUGAUUUCCUAGUUGGUCAAGACGAAAGUAACGCUAUCCGCACCAACAACUUGGCAGGAUUACAAGCGUUGCCAGCCGAGCGUCUACUUCCCGCCUCAAUUUCCGUCCUGGGCCCCAGGAAGCCUGGUUGCAUGCUUUGCGAAUACGUUUUACACGAAAUCGUCAACGAUCUGAAAAAUAUCACCGUCAAAGAAGAAAUUGAAACUGUCGUGAAAAAUAUUUGCAAAAAGUUGCCGUCUAGCAUCAGCAAGGAAUGUGAUAAUCUCAUCAACACUUAUGGAGAUGCCAUCUUCUUCCUCUUGACCCAAGAACUGGAUCCCAAUAUCUUGUGCGCUCAACUCCAGCUGUGCACUGAAUCUGCGGUAGAGGAAAUUAAACUCCCAGCUAAUCCAUUUAAAGCUCCUACAUCCGGAGAUGCCAACACUUGCUCUCUGUGCGAGUUUGUCAUUACGAUGCUUGACAGCAAACUGGAAGAUAAUCGCACUGAAGAAUCGAUCAAAACAGCCCUUGAGGGUGUGUGCCAACGUCUUCCCAAAAGUGUCAUAAGCGAUUGCGUUCGACUAGUUGAUGCUUACUCAAAAGAAAUCAUUGAAAUGCUGUUGGCUGAUUUGAAACCCGAUGAAGUUUGUGUCGCAUUGAAAAUGUGCAACCCUAAAACCACCUCUGAAAUCGCGACGAUUAAAGAAGUUCCCAAAGGAAUUACCGUUGGCGAAUUCCUAGAGACAAUCAAACAAGAUGUCCCAGCUAAACCGAAAGAAAUCGAAUCUACAAAUACUCCCCAGUGUGUAAUGUGCGAAUAUGCCAUGUCAAUCCUCGAAAAGCGAAUUCUCACCAACAGCACUGAAGAGGAGAUCACAAGAGCCAUUCAGUUUUUGUGCGCCCACCUACCCAGCACAGUAGCCGACAUGUGUAUCGAUUUUGUCGAGCAAUAUGGCGACGAGCUAUUUGAAUUGUUGACAUCCGAAAUUGCUCCCAAAGCCGUUUGCACACAGAUGGGAUUGUGUCGGGGAGACGAUAAAAGCCACAAAUUGCUGGGGCAUAAAAACGAAAAGGAAACGGCCCUUGAAGUGACCGGAUGGAAAUUGCCAAGCAAGUGCGAGAUUUGCGAGAUUGUUAUAGAGUAUCUUGACAAACUGCUGGCAGAUGACACUAUUGAAGCAAGCAUUGACCACAUCAUUGAGAAGGCGUGCACUGUGGUUCCUCGGGGUGCCCAAGAUAAGUGCACUGGCAUUGUAGACACUUACGGUCCGUAUCUACUUAGCCAACUGGCAACUAUGCUUGAUAAGAAGAAGGUUUGUGAAUCGGUGCAUUUGUGCAAACCACCACCUGGCCAAGUUCAACUGUUGGGCGGAAAACAAUGCACUUGGGGUCCAUCGUACUGGUGCGCUAGUCCUCAACAUGCUGAUGCCUGCAAUGCUUUGGAGCAUUGCCAGACUAAAGUUUGGAUGAAAUCCCAACCUUAAAGUCAAUGAAAUGUGGCCUUCUAUGGUUUAUUUCCCCCAAAUUUUUCUUUUCAGUUUAAAGAGUCAGGUUGCUUCUUCUGCCUUCUCAUUUCCCCUUAGAUUUUUAGCAUUUGUUUGUUUCCACAUCUUUCGAAAUUCGAAUCCAUUUUGUACCGGGACUCUGUGAUCGGCGAAGCUCAAGAGAAAUUAUGGGUAGUCGGAUCUACUUCUGGAUCACCUGUCAACUGAAAGGAAGAUCAUUGAUGGGGUUUUUUAGUUGUUGCAACUGACUGCAAAACCCUUUUCUGUUAUCCGUAAUAUAAUGUAGCUUGAAUCUUGAAAUAUAUUUCGUUCCGCGUUAA